AUGGAAUUUGAACCCCUGUUUUCUGAUGAUGUUGUUGAAAAUGUAAAAAUGGUACCUGAGGAGCACAAUGAAACACAAAUGUGGUUCAGUCCACCUGAAAUAGAAUUACAAAUUCAGGGUCAAGAACCAAUCAUUCCUCAGGAAAGGGAAUUUGAUCAAGUUUUUAUAUAUCCUCAAGAAGACACUUUCACAAAAACAACCAUACAUUGUCCACAGCCGACAUCACACCCUGGUGGUCCAACGAACGAGUCAAUUUGUGAUGUUUUGUGUAAUCAACAUAAUUUGUGUCCGCAACCCGAUGCAAAUUUUCCCGCUCGUAAAACCAGGUACAUUGAAACCGAGCGGGAAAGGGCUUUCCCAGAUAAUAAUAGAAAUUAUAACGAAAGAAUAAGUUAUCAAAGGCGACACAGCAAUACCGAUCAUAACCUUCAAGAAAGGCAUCGUAAUUACGGAGGGGUUAACAGACACGUGACUGAUAGAACUCAUGGGUAUCCGGAUAGGGGGUUUUCAGACCGUGAGAGAAAUAUUCCAAAUCGAGGUCGAAGUUUUUCCGAUCGCUAUCGGUUUUCGGAGCGUGAACGAAUGCAAACCGAUCGCGGAAACGGAUAUCCUAGAAGAAAUACAGAAAACCACUUUACAUCCAGAAACAACAACAACAACAAUGGCGGCGGUUUUCCCGAAAGAGAAAGGGAUUUCGUCGAGAGAGACGGAAGGUAUUUCGAAAGUUAUGGUCGGCGUCACUACAGUGAUGAUAAUGGAAGAGCUCGGAGGAUUGAUUUUGAAAUGGAUGUUCCUAACAGACCCAGCAGAGAUGUUUUCGAUCCGAGAAGAAAAAGAAGUUUUAGGGAGGGAGAUCGGCCCAAUGCUUUGAAGUAUAGGUUGAAAAGCAGAAGUCGUAACAGGUUUUACGUUGAGGAUUUAAGCCAACCUUCGAAUCAAGGAAAUGUUAACCAAAUUCAAACGUCAAAUAGUAUUCAGGCAAUGUCCAACAGCUCAUCAACGUCUUCCCCGUUAAUCCCAUUACCUACUUUGUUUUCUCAGUCUGAAAAUUCUCAGGAAAUAAUCAAUUCUCAAAUCGAGAACAGGAUUCCUAGUGUAGAAUUAAUUGCAGAAGCAGAUUCAAUGCAUCAAAGUGAAGCCAACCAAAUAGUAAAAAUAGAGCAACAGCCUAUGAAGAGUGGUGCCAUUGGUAUUCCACAAGAGACUGAUAAUUGUGAUUUUAAUAAGCCAGGCCCUUCUGGAAUUCCCAAAAAAGAAAAGUCUGGAUUACCUUCAGCACCGGAUUUACAAUUAGAUUGGCUAAGUUCAAGUAAUGAUAGCAGCGACGAUGACAGCGGUAUAGAAGUACUUAGCAUUCAAUGCAGACAGCAAUUGAAUGAAGCCAAGCCCGUUAUUGUGGACCUCACUCAAGAAUCCGACGAGGAAGUUAGACAAAAUUCAGCAUCAAUUAACAUUGCUUCCCAUCCGCAAGUCGCUAGUUAUUCUCAGGACACGAUUAGGUCUCAGCGUUCUUGUAAAUACCAAUCGCAAUAUGCACAUCACUCAAGAGAUUUUUCACAGCAAACUCAAGUCGUGGAAAAUUGCGAUCACAGACACUUUAAUGGAAAUAAUCAAUCGUGCGGGUGUUCUCGUAGUAAUCAUUUGACAUUACACAAUGGGACUCCGCGUCAUCAGGUGCCUCACAAUUCCUAUAUCGUCGAUUCAGGAAUGGGAAUACCUCAACAAAGAGUGUCUUUAUAUCCGCCAACUCUGCAAUACAUGUAUCAAGUACCUCCCCCUAUAUUUCCAACACCGUCAAGAUCUGUGUACCCGGUACAUGCCAGAUUGUGGCAUCAACAACAGCGUAUGCAAGAGUCACAGCGUCGAAGGCUUGAUGCUCAUUUAAAUUACAGUAAUGGAAAUAAUAGGCAAAGGGAAAAUUUGUUGUUGCACGAUCCAUUUCAGCAUUCUCAUCCGUACGGAGCUCAAGCUCACUCUCAAACACAUUUUCAUCACUGCCAUACUCCUUCUCAUCAUAACCCUCCAGUUGCUCAUCAACAUCCUCAUCAUUGUCCUCCUAUUCCGGCACCUCCUACCGUUUAUACUCGUUCAGAUGUGGGCCCGUCUGGAAUUAUAUCUCCACCGCCCUCUUUCUUACCUCUACACGUAUCCGAAUUGGAAAUAAUACCUCCUCGAGUAACUCCGAUAGCCGUACCACAAUCUGACGUGGCCGCCGAAGUUUUAGUUCAACACACACCCGAAAGUAUAGCUGUCACUCAUCAGCACGUGCAUCAUCAUUUGUAUCAUUAUCAUCCUCAUCCGGGCCAAAGAAUGCAUCAUCUUCACAUAAGUAUCGGAAGGCCUACAAUGGUGAGUAUCAAAAUAACUUUUUCAACAUGA